AAUUACGAAUCUACCAUUGGGAAACAAUUGGAAAUAAAACCUACAACGAAGUCCAUAAAGGACAACUAUAUCACUGCUGCAACUGCUAACAACCAAGAAGUAUUGCUCUGCAAAACAUGUUACCAUACGCAUUAUGAAUAUCUUGAUAUUGAAGAUCCCAAAGCACAAGAAUACUAUACCAAAGAAGGAAUUAACAAAUUAACUGAAUGCGAGAACUCAGAGAAAGACCAACCUAUACUCGAUGGAAUAGAAUUCACCACCGAACAAGAUAUGGAAAAGAUGCUGUCAAGACCAUUAAUGAAACUAAAGUAA